CAUGAGAAUCUUUGCGUGCAGGACAAGUACUAAAAUACCCCUAAAGAAAUUCCGGAAUCCGACGUGUCGUAUAUUAAUAUUCCUCUCCCGAUAAUAAUAAUGAGAAGCAAUCGUUAGCAGAAGGAGAAGAUGAUAGAGGUGGUGUUGAACGACAGGCUGGGGAAGAAGGUGCGGGUGAAGUGCAACGAGGACGACACCAUCGGAGACCUUAAGAAUCUGGUGGCAGCCCAGACCGGAACCAGACCCGAGAAGAUAAUCCAGAAGUGGUACACCAUCUAUAAAGACCACAUCACCCUCAAAGACUACGAGAUUCACGAUGGCAUGGGCCUCGAGCUCUACUACAACUGA